AACCUAAAUGAAUUUAUCCAUUCCUUUCAGAUUCAGGUAACAAAUCUGUAAUCAAAGAUGUUUGCAUCUGCUUGUUUCAUAUUUAUCGCUCUGUUAUGCACUACUGAAGGAGCUCCGUCUUCACUUAUUGUUGGCGGUAAGGAUGCUCCAUUCGGCAAAUAUCCGUAUCAAGUGUCAUUAAGAUUUAUUGGCAAUCACAGAUGUGGUGGAUCUAUCAUUGAUAAUCUGAAUGUGUUAACGUCAGCAAAUUGUGUCUUUGGAUUACAAAAUAUGCUGCCAUUUGUAACGGUCCAUACUGCCACAAUCUAUUUAAACGAAAAAGGGCAUGAAUAUAAGGUAACGGGUAUUACCAUUCACUCAAGUUACAAUUCUCCAUUAAAACUUAAUGACAUCGCUUUGGUUCACCUUCAAAAUCCUAUCAUAUACAAUGCGCUAGAGCAACCGAUAAAUCUUGCGACAACCGAUAGAGAUAUCGAAGGCAAGCCGUGCACAUUAACCGGAUGGGGAGUUACAAAGAUUGGUGAAAAUUUUCCAAAUAACUUGCAAGAAAUUGAGUUAACAAUUUAUCCGCAGAGAACUUGCAUGAGAGAUUGGUUGAUUCGCGAUGUCAUUGUAGGAAACAGCCAUAUCUGCACUUCAACUAAAAAAGGAGGAGGAGCGUGCUACGGAGAUUCUGGUGGACCUUUAGUGAUUGAUGGAAUUCAAAUUGGAAUUGUUUCUUUUGGUUUUCCUUGUGCAGUUGGAUUGCCAGAUGUUUAUACAAGAGUAACUAGUUUUCUGACUUGGAUCAUGAUAAACAAGAAAAAAUAAAUUAGAAUAAAUUAUUUA